AUAUGAAGAUGACUACUGUAUUCUGUAGAAUAUAAAUGACAAAAAUAUAUGGUUUUAUUCACAACCUUUCCACUGUAUGAUGCUUUGUUCUGUUUCACAAAAUAUCCUUGCUCUGCACAUUAAUGUUAGACAAUGGCAAUUUACCUGCUGUACAUACUAACAAUUCGUUGUUAUUAUUUCUGUAUCAUAUUAUGAUCGUCCUAUAUUCCUGUAAAAUUGGCUGUGAAUAUAUAAUUCAUUAAAUAAAUGUUACUUUGUUAAUCUUUUCUUGCCAAGGACUGUUCGUUUUUCUUGGAAAUUAAUGCUAGGUGUACUAGUCCUAUUUUUUUGUUUAACUACGCGUGCUACCUGUGCGCGGAGAACAUCGCUUGAUGAUAACCGAUGAUAACGAUGGAACAAAUGACAGGAGAAGUUAAAGAAAGUUCAAAACGUUUUUCGUACUGCUCAUUUUGCAGAUUGAGUCACAAAAAGUGGAAGAAACACGUAUAUUCUAAAAGACAUCAAGACAUAAUGGUUAAAAUUUUGGCAAAAUUUGUUUCAAAGGUGAAAUCUGCUCAGGACUCUGCAAAUCAGCCGUGUGUAGAGCGUGUGUCAUUUGAAAGAGAUGCCAAAGUUUGGUGCUACUUCUGUGCUGAGGAUGUUGACAAACACACCCAUGCAGAUACUUAUACUCUUAUGUGUGGAGCUUUUAUUGAUCAUCUCAACAGUGACACCCAUGUCUUGAUGACCAAUAAGUUUUUACACUGCAACCUUCUGGACAAGAACAAAUUGACGCAGCUGAUUAUUGAUGAUUCUCAACUUAAAAGUUUCAAAGAAAAUGCCAGUAAGUCUAUCAUCAGCUAUAAGCUGAAAAUGAGACAGAGUCUGAAAAAGGAGGCAGAUCGGAUACAGGCGAUUGAAGAAAGUCGCUCUGAGUGGAAGAGGAAGAAGACACAGUCUGAAGUCCAAACUGUGCAGAUCUCAGAUCCAGGAAGUGUCAGUCAAAUCCUCAACAUCCAUGCCCCCAUCCGCCGGACCCUCACAGCUAAAGGAGCGGGGCUCACCUGUAUCAUUAAGGACGGAGAGGAAAGGACAAAGGAGGGGAACAUCUUUAGCGGGGCAGUACCACCAUGGCUGAGGCCCGACCCAGAACCUGACACCACUUACAGAGAAAUAGGCCCCACCAUGGAGGACUUCAACAAACACUUGGAGAAGGAAAAGAAGAAAAAACUGCCUCCAAACAGAGUAGGUGCUAACUUCAAUCACACUGCACAGACAUCAGAUCAGUGGUUGCCUUCUUUUGGGAGAGUGUGGAGCAAAGGGAGAAGACUCCAAUCCAAAAACUUUUUUGAAAAUCAAUCUAAAGGCUUAAGAAAGCAUGAUAUUGUGUCAACAGACCUCAACAAAGUGGUGUCUUGGAGUAAAAGAAACUCCUCAUCUAGCACUAUUCAGCCUUACCAAAGGAAGCGUCUUCCUACUGCUAGCGUAACUUCAUUGGGAGCCACUUCCCUGGGAGCUGACAGUGCCCCUGUACAAUCUGCUCCUAACUCAUCUUUCAUAUCAAGGACAAGUGGUGGUUUACCCCAGCUACAUCCAGGCAUAUCAGAACUGUCUGUAACCCACUUGCCUGCUGUACCUGAUGCUUCCAGGCUUACUCAUCUGACUGGUAAUACCUCUGGUGCCAGCUGUCUGGGCCUAACCAUUAGUGCUCACAGUGCCUCACCUGUUUAUCAAUCAGAGAUCACACAGCCCUGGAGUUCUGCGGGUAGUGUAAACUUCAGGACAGUAUUUGACACUUCAGAACACAGAGGAAUGGCAGAAAGUAGUGUGAAAAUGAAACCAUUGCCUGCAAGCAGUCCCAUGUUAAUACCUUAUAAAAGAAAACGACAAGUUUGAUGCUGUAUUUAUGUCAUUCAUAUAUUUAUUUUAUUCACAUCUGAAUUUGAAGAUAACUUCAUUAUGGUGGAAAGACAAAUAACAGGUGUAUUGUAAUGGACACAAAGGCUGAGAAGAUUGACUUCUAAAUGAAAGAACCAGAGCAAAUAAUCUCAUACAUAAGGCUAUAGCAACAUCUUCACAACUCUGUGUUGAUUUCCAUCAAAGAUUGCAGUUGUAUCAAUUGUAAAAUGUUGUUUGGACAAAAGGUGAAAUCAUUAAACAAGAGUUUUGUAAAUCUUGUGUUCAUGUCACGCUGACUUCCACUGGUAGAUACAGAUAAUUAUGGUGAAAAACUGUUUUCACUAUGUUUUUUGAAUUCAUAUCUUACGUAGUGUUGGUGAGGAGCACAUAUUCCUCAUGCUGACACUACUGGCAA